AUGGAGAAGGGGCUAAUUCAAGUAGUUCCGGACUCCGUCCACUUUAGAGACUUAAAAGCAGGUGAGUCCGACUCGAUUCAAGUUUGGGCCACUAAUUGUGGAAAGUCUCCGAUGCCAAUUAGAUUCAAACUUUCACCAAAUUCACCAUUCUUACUUUUCACACAGCCAACAAUUAUUGUCCCACCCGGACUCGAAGUGAAUGCUACAAUUAAAUAUUCGCCAAAAGAUGAUCAGCCAAAAUCUGCUGAACUUUUUGUUGAAUGCCCAAAGCAAAAGAUUUCAAUUCCAGUCACAGCUACACCUCCAAGUCCUAGAAUUGUUCCUGAUACACAAAAUAUCAGACUAGGAUCUAUUCCUACAGAUUUCGCCUACAAGUUCGCAUUUUCAAUGACAAACAUUGGUGUAAGAGAAGGCUCAUUCGAAUUAAAAUGGGAAAAUGAUAUACUUUCUCUCAGCCCUUCAAGUGGAAAUAUUGCACCAAGUAAAUCUGUCGAAAUUUCUGCAACAAUUAAGAUACCUCAGCCAGGUCCUGUUACUAUAAAUCUCAAUGUUAAUGUCAAAGGAUCAUCAGAGCAAGUAAAACCAAUCGUUAUUACAGCAGAAGCAGUCGCUCAUACUUUAUCUCUCUCAUAUCAAGGAAAAUCCAUUAAAAGUUUCGAUUUUGAUACAGUCUUCUUUGGACAGAAACGUAUUAUUACAGCACAGCUCAUAAACAAUGGAGCUUCAAAAAGAUCAUUUGUGAUUUUAGGUUCAGAAGACACCAACAAGGGAAAAGCCAAACCUAAACGACCUGCAGAAGAAGAGAUUGUAUUCAAAGCUUACCCAUCUGAAGGAACUCUUGAGCCAAAUGGAAAAAUGGAUAUAGAUUUCCAAUUUAUUCCUCCGAUUCCAUCCAAACCGAUACUAGAAGAUAUAGAUUUACAAUUCAACCAAGUAAAUACAAUAGAAGUCGUGGAAACCGGACAACAUUUGGAAUUUUCAAUGUCCGGUAAGGGAGUUCAAAGUUAUUUGAAGCUAUCUUCGUAUGAUUUUGUCUUUGACAAGUGCGAAAUCGAAGCAAAAACAGUCAAAGAACUUACAAUCUUCAAUACAUCAAAAUUCCUUCCGAUUGAAUACAAAAUUGAGCCAAUUGCUCACUUCAGAUUCGAGCCUUCCAAAGGUACAAUACCAAAGGAAUCAUCAUCAGUCGUAAAAGUGAUUUUCUUCCCUAAAAAUUACGGUGAAUUCAAUUUCAAUACAAAUGUCACUUUUAACGAUGGUUUAGUUGUCAAAGAAAUCAAUUUAAUUGGAGUUUGUGGGCAAUUAUCAGACAAACCAUUUAGACGUGUUCCUGUUUACGAAACCAAUGAGAACGCGAAAUAUUCCGCAGAACAUCCAGACAGAAGGUUUACUGAUGGUUUGGAAGGAAUCAGACAUUCCAGUCAAAUGAGAGAAAGAUUUGAUGGAUACAUUACUGAGUAUGCAGCCAAAAGAGAGUCAGUAACUCGUCUCCAACAGUUGAGAUCGAAACUAAAGAGCGAAGGCGAAGAAUACCUCAAAACAACACAAGGACAAUUCACUAAAGAAGAUUUGAAAGAAUACGUGUCAACACAAAUGAAAACUCUUAAGUCAAAACAAGCCGAAGAAGAAGAGAAAAAUGAUGAUUUGUAUAACGGUUUGCAACCACCCGAACCAAAGAUUUUGGACCCUUCAAAUCCUUUGUAUUUCUCAAAUACUUCAAAAAACGGUUAUUCCUCUCAAAAUGGAGAUGAUCCCGAUCAAGUUUUGAAUACAAAACGAUCGCAUAAUGAUGAGAAUGUUCUUAUCAAGAAGAAAUUCAAACCGAAGCCAACAACACCUGCAGAAAUUAAUGAAUGUUCUAAACCAUUAACACCAGCACAACAAUUAUUGGUUUCUGCAAGUCAUCAAACUGUUAAUUUUGGCCAUGUUUCUGUUUAUUCAACAUCAGCUAAAUCAUUUACAAUAACUAAUAACUUGCAGCAGCAUAUUGUUGUUUCCAUGAAAUACGAGUACGAAGAAUUAUCGAAAUCAUCACCAUCAUCACAAGUAAUUUUGCCAAAACAAACUGCUGGUUUCGAUAUCAGAUUCUUCAGUACAAAACAACAGAAUUUCAUGAGAACAAUACAAUAUACAAUCAACGGACAUCAUAAUUACACAUUUAAUGUCUCUGCGCAAGUUGUUCCAAUAGAAUUACAAUUAUCAAGACAGAUGAUUGAAUUCAGAUUUUCGCCUGACUCUGUUUCACCUUACAUCAAGGAAUUCGUGACAAUUAUAAACAAAUCGAAUUCUAUUGCUGAAUAUUCGUGGACAGGGUUAACUCCGGUUUUCAGUUUAUCACAAACAAGUGGUAAAAUCGAUCCUGAUUCAACACAAAACAUCGAAGUUACUUAUUUCCCACAAACUCAUUCCCAUGAUGAAGCAACUUUGUUGUUGAACGUUUCAGGAGGUCAAACGAGAUCUCUUAAAUGUGUUGGUGAUAUUGGAGCUCCUAAAUGUUCAUUGAACAAGAAAUUCGUCAAUUUGGGAUUGAUACCUAUCGGAAUAUUAAAAUCUCAAGCACUAAGAAUCAAAAAUUCUGGUGAUGACGAUGCAAUAUUCAGCAUUUCUUAUGAUAACACUGCUGAAUUACAGAUUAUUCCAAUGAAUGGUCGUAUUCCUGCACAUGAUUCACAGACAUUACAAUUGAAUUUCAAGUCAGUACAUGCUGCUGCAUUUGAUUUUCCUGUUAAUAUUCAAAUCGCUGGUUCCAAUCCAUUGACAUUUAAUGUUACAGGACAAAGUGAAUUACCACAUGUACAAUUAUCUGUCAAUGCUUUCGAGUUCGGAAGAUUGUUUGUUGGUUCGAGUUCUUCUAUUGAAGCAACAAUACAAAAUACCGGACAAAUUCCUGCGAUCUUAUUCUUGGAUUUAAGUGCACAUCCUGAUUUUAGAAUUGAAUAUUCAACAGAACUCGCUGAUGGAGCAAAUAAUGAAACGACAAACUCAAUUUCUUUAGUUUCGAAUCCGAUUUUCGUUACUAAAAAUGAGUAUUUGCCAACAACUGAAUCUACUUCAACAGCCAUUGAGAGUCAAAUCAAUGAAUCACAAGCAGCAAUCUCUGAAACAAGUGAUGAUGACAAUAACGGGUUGGUUUACAAGUUCUAUUUAUUAGAAGGAACAUCAAUAAAGUUCAAUCUUGUUUUCCAACCUUCAACAGCUGCCGAACAUUCAUUUGAACUUCCUUUCACGAUGAUGAAUGUUAUUUCAGCAUCAUCUUUCCAUUUACAACCAAUUGUAAGUGCUGAAGCCAUCAAAGCGCCAAUAACUAUAUCAAGUACUGCAUUGGAUUUCGGAAUCAUGCCUAUUUAUAAUCCACAAAAUCCACAUGCAAGAUCAAUUUCUCGUGUUAUCAGUUUAGUAAAUGAGAGCAAAAAUCCAAUUCCUUGGAGAAUUGAUAACUCAGCACUUGGCAAUCCAGCUGCUUUCUCUUUCGAGCCAUUCAAUGAUACAAUAGCUCCUGGAGCAACAACUGUUGUUCACGUGUUAUUCACAGCAAGAGAAGCUGUUCCUUAUAACGUUCAUUUGCCACUUUUAGUUAAAAUGGCAAAAGAAAAAGAAGAAUCAAUGGUCAGUGAAAUCCAAUUAGCAGGUGUUGGAACAUCAAAGCUCUUCUCAAUAUCCCAGCCAAAUGUUGUUCUCCCGAUUGUUCCUUUAGGCGUCAAAUCUCAAAUGACAGUUUAUGUAAAUAAUGACGGUUUUAUCGGUUCAAAUUUGAGAGUACAAACAUCAGCGAGCGAAACAAGCUUCCCAGUAAAAGUCAGUUUCCCUGAUGGCAAUCAGUUGUUGCAUACAACUGUUAAACUACCUGUUGUCGUCAGUUUCCAGUCGAACAAACCAAUGGCGUUCAGUACAAUGAUAGGUAUAAUUGACGACAGUGGAAAUGGUUGUUCAUUCACUGUUACUUGCGCAACAGAUAAUUCUGUUUUCACUUUGUAUCCGUUCUUUUACUCAAACAAACCAGAAAUUAAGUCUUCUAAAGGAUCUCCAAUAACUAUUGAUGCGAAAACAAUUGAAACAUCUUCUUUCCUUCCUUGUAGAUUCCUCAACGCUGCAGAUAUAAUUGAACUUAAAGGUCAAGAAUGGAAAUCAACUUAUAAUCCAAAAACUGUCAAAUUUAUUUUGAGAUAUUUGAAUGCUUUAUCGGUAAAUACUCAAAUUUCUGACUUCCCUGGCGAUUUCAUAAGAAACAACGGGUCCACACUAUUAGAACUGGUUGAGAACAUAUCAGGAGGAAGACGUCCUAAUGUGGAUAACAGCGAGAAAGUGAAAGAUGACAUAAAUUCACGACAACUCGACGCAAUGAAGAAAAUUGUCAGAUUUUUGCAAUCAAUGGGAUGUUUAGUUAGCCAUAUUAAACCAGAGUAUCUAUUAGAUAGACAAGAAUUCGUCAACGUCAUGAGAUACAGAAUAACUAAACAGCUCCUUGGAAUUGACUAUUUCAACGCUCCAAGUUUGUCUUCUUUUGACCAAACAAAAUUAAGUGAAUUCACAAAUUCGAAGUCAUUCUCCAACGCUUUAAUGCAGAGAUUAAAGAUUGCUGAGAAUUUCUAUUCAGAGCUAAGCAAUGAGUGUUGGAUGUUCAUCAUCAUGCAGCUGUUCAAAGUUUUCAUUGUUGGAAGAAUCGAUCAAGAAAGAUUGAAUCAACAACCUGGAUUUUCUGAUGCAGUAAAAUCAUUGACACAAUCUACAUCGAGAUUCGCCAACAUGGAUGACACUUUGAAUGAGAUAUGCAGACCGAACAAGAAUGUUCCUUUGUCCAACAUUUAUUCAACCGCUGAAUGCACAUUGUUAAAAUGGAUUUCAGUUCAUUCUUGUGUUCAAUACCAAGAUUGGCAGAAAUCUGUAAAUUGUUUUGAUGCUUUAUCAGAUGCAACAUGUUUUGCAGCCCUUCUUAAAGCACAUACAACUGCUUUAAAGGUACCUCUUCCUAACCCUUUAGUUGAUCAUUCAACACCUGAAGACAACGCGAUUUUAUUCACUUCUUCAUUGAAAUCUUUGAAAUUGGCUUUCAGUCCAACAGCCGAUGAGAUUUCUUCAAAGAGUGAUUGUGUGUUGGCCAUUGUUUCAGCUUAUCUGUUUGAGACAUUGCCAAGAUUCAUUCCUAUCUCUCAAGUUGACUUCACAACAACUUUGCACAAAACAAUUUCAAAAGCUGUUCAAAUUCAAAAUCCUUCGAAAGCAGAAAUAACUUACAAAGCGGUUUUAGAAGGAUCUGCUGCCUAUUCACUUCCUAAUGACUGUCUCGUCAUUCCUCCUAACUCUUCCGCAGACUUGAAUGUCAUUUUCACUGCCAGAACAAUUAAGAAACAAACAGCCAGAUUGAUUUUGACACCUUUGAGACCAAGAUACAUAACUUCGAACACAGAAGAUGGAGAAACAAUGCCGACAACGACAAGAAGAGAGUCCCAUGUCCCUAUAUUCUCGGCGCCAAUUGUAAUUGACAUUUACUCCGAUGUGUCAAUCGUUCAGCCUGAUAUGAUUUCCGCUUAUGAAGGAAUCAUUUAUCAACCAACGAAAAUUAACUUAAAUGUCAAAAAUUUCAUUGGUGUCAAAAGUGAGGCAAAACUCUUUUACAAGAUCUCGAAGAUACAAGACGAGAACGGCAAACAAGUUGGCUCAAACAAAUCUAUUGCUACACAGAUCCAAGAGUUCAUAGCAAAUCCAUAUGAAUCAUCAAAAGAAGAAAUAGUUACAAGCCAAUCAAAAACUUCCAAUUUCACUUCACUUCUCAAAGCACAUCAGAAUUUCGUGAUUGAUCAGACACAUGUUGACUUCAUUGACGAGAAUUCCACACAGACAGUUGCCAUUGAGUUCUUACCAAUUGAUUUGUGCACUUACAGAUUGUUACUUCUUUUCGAAGACACAAAUGCAGGAGAAUUCGUAAUCCAAGUCGAAGCGAAGUCAAUUUUACCAAAUGCCGUUGAAGUUGCCGCAAAUAAGAUGAAAUGUGAAGCAGGAAAGAAGACAUCGUACUCUGUGAAUGUUGAUCCAAUCAACCAAGCCUUGAUUAAACAGUUGGCUUACAGUUACGAAAGAGUCAACAAUUCCGGAAAAUUUGCAAGCGACAGGAAACUUCAAGACAUGAUAACUUCAAGAUGCAGAGAGAUGGAAGCGAUCUUUAAGUCAUCAUUCAACCAGAUAAAGUUCAAUGUCUCUAAUUCUGCUUCGACUUAUUUCGAUAUUCCAAGCGAAUUAGUUCUUUCUAAAAACGCUGAUCCGAAGACGAAACCAAAUGCACUUCCUAUCACUUUCAAACCGACAAAAGCUGGUGAAUACCCUGUUAAAAUUGUUUUGACGAGUAAUUAUGAUGUCAGACUCUUUAAAGCAUCAGCAACAGCUAUUCCUGCUGUCAAAGAAAUGUCGAUCGAGUUCAAUACUGUGUCUGGAAGACAAGUACAUCAAGAUAUUCCUUUGACAAACCCUUCAGAAGAAGUUUGGAACUUCAAAGUCCAAACAACAGGAGAUUCUUGUUUCAAUGCCCCGCAAAGAGUAUCUGUAAAGCCUGGAACAACUGGCCAAUUAACAGUUAACUUUGUUCCAUUAAGAGUUGGCCAAUUCAAGGGCGAAUUGAUGCUCACAAACGCGUCAUCAGAAGCAACAGUUAUCUACAAAUUAACAGGUGUUGCUGAUGAACCUCCUGCAGAAAAGAAGAUCAAUGUUAACUGCAAAGCAAGAGUUCCUUUCGAAUACGAAUUGCCUGUUAAAGCAUUCGUCAAAAACGCAACAGUUAAAGUCACCACGACUGUUCCAAUCAUUUCUUUCAAGCCAAAUAUUGUUUUCGAGAAUGGAUCAAUAACUGAGCCAUUUAAGUUCAAUGUCAUUGCACAAAGAAGUGGAGUUUCCGCAGGAACAUUGACAUUCACGGAUAUCGCAACAGGAAGUUAUAUUUGGUAUGUUGUAGAGAUCCAUGUUGAUUCACCAGCUCCUGAACAAACAAUUACUGUUAACACAUCGGCAAGAAAGAGUGCAACUGUAUCUAUAAAGAUCCAGAAUCCUAAAGACAGAACAACAACAUUCACAGUUUCUCUUUCCGACGAAGAUUUGUUUGGUUUGAAGGAAUUCAUCGUUCCUCCACACGGAAAUAUGACUUACGAAUUGGUUGUUUCUCCUCUCAAAGCAAUGAACAGGACUUCCUCUGUCUACUUCUACUCAGAUGAUGACAGCGAGUUCUGGUAUGCUUUGAAGAUUAACGCUACUGAAGCUCCAGGACAAAUUUUGGCUCCGAUGUCUUCUCCUCUUGGAAAAUUCGCAACGACAACUGUCACUUUAGAGAACCCAUUAUCGAAGCAAGCGAAUGUUAGAAUAGAGAACACUAAUCCUACAGCAUUCCAGGUUAUGGCCAAGCGUUCAUUGCAGCUAUUGCCAUUGGAAAAGAGAAGAAUAGAGAUCAGAUACAUCCCGACAAGUGUUGGACAAAAAGAAACCGCCGAAAUUUCAUUUUUGUCACAAGAUGUUGGUGAUUGGACAUAUUCUUUAAGUGGUAAUGGUAAACCUCCUCAGCCAUUCUCUCCAACAAUUGUUUCUUCGCAGAUUGGUGUUCCUAUGUCUGCCUUAGUUUUGUUCAACAAUUCAUUCCCUUAUCCAUGCAGAUUCAACAUUUCCAUCGACAGCGAGUGCGAAGAAGGAGUUUUCCAAUUCUUGGUCAGAAAGAAACUCUUCACUUUGGAGUGGUUUGGCGAGGAAUACCAAGUUCCAUUCACUUUCACACCUGUAACUAAAGGACAAUUCACUGCCCACAUCAUUGUAACAUUUGCAGGACCAGCACGUGGUGAUUUACCAGAUAAUUCAUCAUUGUUGAGUUCUGUCAGAUGGAUUUUCCCAGUUAUUGGAAACACUUUGACAGCAGCAGCUGAAGCCAAAGUAAUCAAAGCAAGAGCCAAUGAGUUUGUUUCUAAUAACAUUACAUUGCCUUUAGUUGGAGAAACUGAAGAGUUCCAAGCAAGUGAAUAUUCAGUUCAAGUCAAUUUGAAUCAGACAAAUGAAUUUCUCAGACAAAUUUUGGAUAUUAAACCAAUAGAAAUUCUCAAAGAUGGAGAUUCGCCUGAUUUGAUUGUGAACUGCAAUUUCUCGCCAAUGAGACCUUGCAAUGGAACAGCACAGUUAAGAGUGAAGAAUCCUCUUGGACAAGAAUGGCAAUUCGAUUUAACAUGUACUGCAGAAAGAGGAAAACCAAUUGAUACAUUGCAAAUCGAGUCACUUCUGAACAAAACAGGUGAAGUUUCAAUAACUUUGCCAACUGUAUUCAGAAGCCAGACACCUUUCCACGCGUACAUGAUUUCAGGAAGUGCUUCUGAGUUCACGGCAACUCCGGAACAUGGUUUCAUCGAACCUCAACCUGGUCCAAACACUGAGACAUCAAUUAAAAUAAUUUUCGCUCCGAAAAUGUACGGAAAAGUGCUUCGAGGAAUGCUCGUUAUCGACACUUUGGAUGCACAGUUCUUGUUUGAUGUUGUCGGAAAAACUCCUGAAUAUGUUCCUCCAACUGUAACUGCAGGAAGCAGAUUAAUGCAGUUGCAAACAACAAGGCAAUCUGUUCCUUCGAAGAAUUCGACAAAGAGACAAGAAUCUUCAAUGUUAAGGAACUCAACAAAGCCAAGAAUUAUUUCUCCAAACCAAGGAAAACAUAAGAUUAUUUAA